AAGAUUCUUAGAUUAAUGAUCCGGCACAAUGGUUUGGAACGAGUAUCAGCAACAUGGUUAGAAUCUCAAGAACCACAUUUACUAGAAAUAUUUAUAGUGGAAAAUGAUCUUAAAAGUCUACCAUCAGAGAGCUUGAUGAAGCUACAAAACCUACAAGCUUUAACGAUACAAUCACAUAAUCUUAAAAGAAUACCCACCUUAAUUAAUAUGCAAAAACUUCGAUAUGUGAACAUACAGUCCGCAAGUUUAAGUAGUAUAAAUGAACACAGCAUUGGAAAUUUACCAAAUCUUGAAAAAUUGUUUAUUAAAGGAAGUAUAAAUUUGAAUACAAUAAAAGAAAACGCUUUCUACAAUAUGCCUAAACUUAGAAAAUUUGAAAUAACCGAAUGCGGAAUUAGAUCUAUUCAUAUGCGAGCACUUUCUUUACUGCCUCAAUUAAACGAAUUAUCUUUAAGUAAUAACAGGAUAUCAGACGCAACUAUGAUAGGAAGGGCUACAAGAGACCUACCAAUGCUUUCAACAUUAAAUCUUAAUUUUAAUAUGAUAAGUAAAUUAAGUGAAGGAGCGUUUGUUGAUCAACCAAUGUUAGAAAUUUUAUAUUUGUCAAACAAUAAUAUCAAUAUAAUUCAUCACGGAGCUUUUCAUAGAGUACCGAAAUUAAGAGUUAUAGACUUAAAUUAUAAUGAAAUAAUACGAAUACAUCCUGAAUCUUUCUUACAACAAUCAGGGAGCGGAGUUGAAGAGUUUUCACUUAUCGGCAACAAAAUAAUGCACAUAUCGGAAUUUAGAUCCUUACUUGAUGCAUUGCCUCGAUUAAGAUAUUUGGAUAUGAGUGAUAAUUUAUUACAAGAAAUUCCACGAGGCGCUCUCAGAGGACAUCCAAGUUUAGAACGUUUGCAUUUAAACAGAAAUAAUAUAAAAUUUAUUGACGCAGAUGCAUUUAUUGCUAUGCCUGCACUACGAGAAUUGCAUUUAAGUAAUAAUUCGUUAAAUGAUAUGAAUGAAGGCCCAUUUUGGAAUUUACCUGCUUUAAAGGGCUUAGAUUUGUCUAAUAAUUAUUUUCAAAGGUUACAGCCAAAACUGUUGUACAAUCUUCCAGCUUUGAGAAGAAUUGAUUUAAGUAAUAAUCAAUUAACUAUAAUAGAUCCUAUUACUUUCAUGGAGACUCCCUUGUUAGAAUACAUUAAUAUAUCGGGAAAUGCAUUAAUUUCUACACACCCAGCUACCUUUCGUAAUUUACCAAAUCUGUAUGAAUUAGAUGCGAGUUCGAAUAGACUAGUUGAAUUUCUACCAGGUCUACCAAGAGGCUUAGAGCAGUUAUACUUACGAAGAAAUCAAAUAACAAAUUUGCCAAUGCUUCCAUCACCUGAUUUAGAUUUGCCUUCUUUAAGAACUCUCGACCUUUCAAAUAAUGGCAUACAAAAAAUACAGUAUGGAGGUAUGAAGACUUUACAUAAUUUACGUAGAUUUUACAUAAAUCGAAACGGCCUCAGACAGAUUGAAGCUAGUACUUUUAGUGAUUUAGACCGCUUAGAAGUGCUGGACAUAAGUGACAAUCAAAUCAUAACUAUUCAUCCAAAGAGUUUUAGUAAACUUUUAUACCUUAAACAAGUAAAUUUACAUGGAAAUAAUAUUGAAAAUUUUGACUUUAUGGCAAUACAAAAUAAUAUUGCACUAUCAGAAAUCGACUUUAGCAAGAAUAAAUUAAAAAGUAUAAGUCCCAAUAUAAUAAACAGGGGCUUAGAUGUUGAAAUUCUCAACAUAUCAUCUAAUAAUCUUCACGAAUUACCUAAUUCUUUAAACGUUUUAUCAAAAUUGAACGUGUUAGAUGCGAGCCACAACUAUAUCAAAAACUUUGAUGGUAAUAUUAUCAAUAAUAUACAAACUUUGGCAGAAAUUAAACUGCAUAGUAACAGAAUUACUGAACUACGGGCUGGGAGCUUUCGUGAUUUGAAUAAUUUGGAAACUAUUGAUUUAGAAAAUAAUCAACUUGAAAUAAUUCAUCCGAUGGCUAUUGCGAAUCUACCGAAGUUAUUGUCUAUAUACCUUAACAGAAAUCAUAUUAUAGAAAUACCUGAUCGAGCAUUUUCGAACCUUUCAAAGUUAAGAAUUAUUGAGAUGCAAAGCAACAGAUUGCAAUAUAUAUCGAUACGAGCGUUCGAAAAUUUACCUUUGGUGCAAUAUCUUAAUUUAAGCAAUAAUCAACUAAUUAAUCUGGACAAUUUAGGUAUUAAACAUCUGGUAUCACUUGAGGUUCUAGAUUUAAGUUUUAAUAAGAUCACAAGAAUUAAUAAGGAAUCUUUUCAAUAUAUGGAGUGGCUGGUUGAACUGAAUUUAGACAAUAAUCUUAUAUGUCAUAUUAGCAAUCAACCAUUUGAUAACAUGCCAAGAUUAAAGGUAUUGUCUUUACGACAUAAUAAAUUAACAUCGGUGUACGAAGAUAAUUUUGCUAAGUUGAGAAACAAUAUCGCCAUUUUGGAUAUUGAUGGUAACCCACUUGUCUGCAAUUGUGCAAUUAUUUGGUUAAAGUCAUGGUUGUCGGAAUCAUCAUCUCUUGGGCCAAAAUGCGCUGAUGGCUCCUAUGUGAAAGGAAUGCCUUUUUCGAAAACUGACUGUUUGAAUAUACAAUUUAACAAUCAAGAUAUAAAAUCCUGUAUGACAUAUGAAAAUGAAGCUUUACUGCCAAGCCUAGCUACUUCAGAAGUUUACUCAUCAUUGGAUAAAAUAAAAGACUAUGAAACACACAUUAAAAAUAAUUACCAAGGCAAUAAAUUAAACAACCGGCCAUUGCCAGAAGAAUCAGAAUAUUUUUAUGAUGAUUAUGUGGAUUACCCAUACAAUGAAACAUUAUUGGAAAAUAUGAAUCCUGCUGCCAAUCAGUCCACAAAAUCUCAAAAUCAUUUAGGUAACACACCAACAAUUUAUGCUGCAAUGUCCAACACAACUCAUAAAAAAACAGGAAUUGCUUUGAAAGUUCCAGUUCCUAGCAGUGGUUUCACAUUUUUUGGUGUUCCCUUGCCAUCAAUAGACAUGGGAAAGUUAUUAAACACUGGUCGGAAAAUAGAUUGGUCUGAUAAUAAAAAUAACCAGCAACAUCUUAAAAAAUAUCAAGUAACAGAACCUCCACGGUUUGAAACUGGUGGUUUCUCACCAAUGCUUCCUGUUACAACAAAUGGUUUUAUACCAAUACCAGAUCCAACAAUAAGUACAUUACAUACUACAAAAACAAGUAAUGAAGGGAAUUCGGUCAGUUUUAAUAAUGAAAAAUUUAAUCAUAAUGUUAUAGCUGUAGAUAAUAUACAACCAACCAUGACCAGCAUUAACAGUACAACUCACAAAAAAGUUAAAAGUGAAAUACAUGAGCUAGAAGCCUACCAUGGUGAUGAUAAUAGUACCCAUGUAACAUAUAAUAGAACUAAAAAUAUAGAAGAACAAAAUACUGAUCCUCUAAAUAUAAGUAAAUACAAUCUAAUGGAGUCUAAUCUAACAAUUAGUCAAGCAACAGAAAAAGAAGGUAUCAUAACUACAGAUACAAGUAAUGAUAUGUCUAUUCAGGGAUGGCUUGAAACCAGUAGUGUGACACCAGCCCCAGUUAUUGUAACAACAAAACCACUACCACAAAUAAAUAAAUAUAUUGAAAGCCAACCUACAGCACUAUCUGCAAUACUUUUACCAAACAAUGAUGAUUUAACGAAAAACCACAGUAGAACGGCAACAGUAACAAAGGUUAAUUUACCCCAUGCAGAACACUAUGAUCUUAGAUAUAAUUAUUCCCCAGUUAUCAAUCGCGAGGGUAAGACAAGAUUUUCAGAAGAGAGUUCAAACAAUAACAAGCCUAGACAAGCCGACAAUAAUGAUUGGUAUUAUAAGAAUUACAACAAAUCUAAUCUAGAAUCUUAUGUUGCACCUGGCAUUCAAUCUUCCUUAGGUUGUAAUAUUAUGGUAUAUCAUAUCACUUUAAAAUAUACAGCAAUGUUAUGUUUAAUCUUAAUAUUAUCCUAGAUGUAGUAAUGGUAAUAAAUACUUUGAAAACAAUUGUAACAUUUAUUUAUUUAAUUGAGUAACAUUAUACAUACAAUACACUGUGAUUAUGAUAUUUGUCCAUUCCUUUCUAUGAAAUAA